AGCUGAUGCACGUAGAACACAACACCUCGUGGUUCCAGUUUUGCCAGGAUUCACCAAGCAAGGGGUUCACUUCGGCUUGGUUUUUUGUUUGCAGGUGUAGUUUGUUAGCAAUUUAAGCUAGCUUUAGACAGUGCCUACACAUCAGUGGCUAUGGGUUUUGGGUUUUGUCUCAGACUGGCCUUUUUCCUUUCUGUGUGGUCAUCUGCACAAUGUGAAGGCAUUCCCAAUGGAGUUCUUCAUAUGGAGUGUCAUGAUCGUUACUUCAUGAUAGCUGUUGAUCUCUCCUUCACUGGGGAGGAGCCUCACUUUGAGGCUGUUGAUGAAUCAGGUGUGUACUCGCUCAACGAGACAUACUCGGCAGAGUGUGGCUACACUGUCCUCUCUGUCGGAGACCGUGUGGAGCUCCGAGCCUCGUACUUCAGCUGUCACACUGACAACACAGACGACGAGGUGUUCACAUUCAAUUUAAACCUGAUUACAACCCAAGAGGGACAGGCGGUCACCUACGCCUUGACCAAGACCUGUUCUCCCUCCCUCCCCUGGUCUCCCAGAGAGGUUACGUGUGAGCUCAACUACAUGGAGGUUUCUGUGAGGAGUGAAGUCAGCUGCCCAUCCGGGACGAUAAAGGAUAACUGGGAUGCUCUCAAACACGCUCACGGCUCCACCACCUCAGACUGGCAGGUGACGUUUCACCGGGAGAAUGAGCAAAGCCCUCCCAUGAACCUCUCUGACGCUCGUACGCAUGGCUACGUGUUUGACAUGACAAGUGGAAGGCUUGUAUUUCGUACGCCAUAUGGACAACCUGACGCAUUCAGCACGGAGGUGAAUGGUGUUCCAGUAGAGGUCGUCCAUGCAACUAUAUUCUCCAGACAAAGCUGGGUCGUCCUCAUGGUUGACCUGGUGGCAGCGUGCUCCAUGAACGAUGGCUCAUAUGCUGACAGUGGCUACAUAAUAUGGAAGUCCUCAGAGGUGCUGUACCCAAGUACUGAGAGCACACAGCUCAAUAUUGGACUAAAUGGUGAUCUUGUGGAGAGUUCGGUUUCAGAGGAGAGAGGCUAUGUUGUGGAGACGCACAACAACACACUGCAGAUCAGAAUCCCCCACGAUGCUGAAGGAGUACACAGAAAGAGCUUUGUUUCUGAAGCGCUUUAUGAGUUCUACAUCUUGCAUCUGUACUUGGAGCAAAUCCUGGUGGAUGAGGAUCUUGUGGAGACCAGGCUCAGGUUCUUCAGGACACUGUCCACUACCCUACUGCCACGCCCCGUUGUCACUGAAAACCAAACUCUUCUCGAGGAGCUCACCUUCACGGUCUACCUCGGAGGACUCCCUGAAGACGUUGCGUUGGUGGCGGUUCGCUUGAACGGGGAAGAAUUUACCGUACCAUUUUCCAAUCGAAGCGGCCGCACGAUUACAAACGUUUUUCAGCCUAACAACGCUCAUGGCUACACUCUGAAGGUGCCUUUUGAUGACCCUGUUGUCACACGGCAGCUCUCUAGAGAAGAUGCAGUUCUUCAGUACAGACUGAACAUCAACUACAUGCUGUCUGUGCUGCCUGAAAAUGACACUUUCUACCGUUUUGCAUCUGUUGAGGCAACUUUCACUGAUGUCUCUCCUCCAGUCUUUGACGCCGUCUGUUCGGAGUCUGGGAUCAGCUUCAGACUGGACAACCGGCCUUACGACUACCUGUGGGAGAUCACCAUCGGCUUGGACCCGCUGACAUCAGAGCUGGCGACCCAGCACGGCUACAUCAUGCGCAAUAACAGCCAGAGUGUGCUGCUCGAGGUGCCGCUCUAUGCUCAUGGCUAUGAAUACAAGGAUCUUACUCUGAUUGGCUUCUUUGGCACUUUUGAGAUCCUUGUGAGGGAUCCUGAAACUUCUGAAGUCCAGAGCUCCACUGCCAAGACUUGUCUCUUCACUACCACUGAAUUUAUUUUGUGUUCAACUGAUGGGAGGAUGACUGUGGUGGCCGACUUGUCUCUGGCCAUCCCGAGUGGAGGAGUUACUGCAAGAACGAGCGCCAUCGACAAACACUGUGGACCCAAAGAGACUGACGACACCAGGGCUCUUUUCUCUAUCCCGCUUAGUGGCUGUGGAACCAGAGUCAAGCUUGGCAGGGAUAACGUGACCUAUCAGAAUGAGAUUGUCUACUCACCGAAGAAUCUGAACAUGAACAAUGCAGCUUCUGCUAAAGUCACAGAGAGGGUGGUGAUCCAGUGCACAUAUCCUCUGGCUGGUCUGCAUCGCCUCUUCGCAGUCCAGAGAUUUGAGUCUGACAGUGAGGGUGUCGGCAGCAUCAUUCACACCACACAGGUUGCAGCAGUUCUUCUGAGUCCCACUAAACAGCCAACGACAGCACUUGUCACCGUACCUCCUCGCUCACGCGUUACUGCUGUCCGCCCUCGUUCUCGAUACGUUAUGGGUUCUAUGUUUCACAAUCUUGAGAACAUCCUCAGAAAAGCUCAUCCCAUCAUCAUCCCUGCAGACUUCUUCUACACUGACCCCACCAUGACCUGUGGGAGGAGGAUCCCCAACUCAGUGAGUGAGUUGAGGGUCUUUGACUGCUUCCAGCUCAACACUCCACCACCAGUCAUGUCCGCCUGCCCGACCCCACCAGCCUGCCCGGACCCUUUUAGAGCUAGACCUCACCCCACCAUGGAGCUCGGCAGCCUCACCUUGAAAAUAAACGUCCUUCGCCCUGCAGUGCAGCCGAACCGGCUCGUCCUCCAGCUGACCCAGGAGGAGGACCAGGCUGUCACCAACCUCCUGAAACUGCACCACCAAGAAGAGCCUGCACACAGUGAGGAGACAACCCUGUUCCGUGCAGGACCUUUGGAGUCCACUUCAGCUGAGGAGGCCUCGCAGCGCUUGCAUCCGAGUAAGGCCAGUUUGUUGGGACAUGAGGGGAGACGUUGGUCAGACACUGAGAUCGAGGCGGCCAACACCCUCUUGAGUGGCUUUAGCCUGAUGGACAAAAUGUGGAACCGGACCAGUCCAGAUCCUGUACCAGACCUCCUUCAAGGAUCAGGGACCUUGCAUGCAUUAAUAACUCCUUAUUCUACCUCACAUAACGUUCGUUUUUGUGACGGGGGAGAUGGAGAACCAAGCUAUGGGGAUUAUUUGUCAGAGAGCAAGUCGAGCAUCUCUGGAGAUUUCUCAGAGGUGAAGAAGCGGAAGCUCUCAGAGUCUGAGGGAGAUGCUGUGCACGUUCUCUUGAGCCUUGCAGACAUGGCAGUUUUGAUGCAAUGA